AAGUUUUUUCAACAUCAUCUAUCAAAUCUUCUAAAUCUAUAUAAUGAUUGAUAAAACUCAAAAAAGAUUUUUUGAUGAAACAGAUGAAAAGAAGGCAAAAAGACUUAAAUCAGAUGAAGAUCUUAAACCUGUUUCUAAUAAUCUUACACGAGAAGAAAUUAUUCAAAAAGGAAGAGCAAGUAUUUUAGAAAAGAUUAAUAAAAUGAAAAAAGCACACACUGAAAAAAUGAAUUCUCUUGAUAAAUCUACUGAAAUGAAAUUUCAUACCAUAAAAUCAGAUAUUCAAAAAAGAAUACAAGAACACAAAAAUUUAGUUAGUAAAUCUACAAUAAAAGCACGUAUGCAGGAUAACAGCAUAGAUAAUGACGAAUUUCAAGGAAAAGGAGGACUUUCUGUUGGCGUUCAUCCGUCUUUGUUAGUAGAUACAUCUAAAACUGGAAAUGACAAAAGAAACAAAAUUCGUCCUAAAUUUGCUACAACUAUGGCAAAUCUUCGGACUGUAGCUUCUCAACCACGGCCUAAAAAGCAAAUGGAAAUUUUACGAAGCCCAACAGACGACUUUAUGAAUACAUAUAUGAAUAUCUAUUAUGAUCCUAGAAUGAAAACAAAAAGUAAUUAUAAUCUUUAUCGUUCUAAAGCACAAAAAGCUCUUAUUUUUAAUGAACCUGGAAAAUAUAUUGAACAAGCAAAUGCUCUUAAAGCUCAAGCCAGGUUAGAAGAAUUAAAAAAAAGAAUUGCAGAUAAUGCAAAAAAGGUUGGGUUGGAAGAAGAAUUAGAUGUUGAUAAAGCUCUUUAUAAAGAAGCACCACCAGAUAUUGAAUGGUGGGAUGAAGGUCUCGUAACAAAUAAAUCAUACAAUGAUCUCGAUAUUGGUCUUUCAAAAAUCGAUACUCCAGAUUCAAUUAUUUCUCUUUAUAUUCAACAUCCCAUACCAAUACCACCUCCAUUUGAAAAAAAUCAGCCUCCUCCAAAAGCUCUUAUGUUAACGGAAAAAGAAAGGCGAAAAUCAAGACGUCAAAGAAGGGCAGAAGAUUUAAAAAUGAAACAAGACAAACAACGUUUAGGAUUAGAGGAACCAGAGCCACCUAAAGUAAAACUAUCAAACCUUAUGAGAGUAUUAACAAGUGAAGCAAUUAAAGAUCCAACAAGAGUUGAAGCAAUGGUACGACGUCAGGUUGCAGAAAGAAAAGAAAAGCAUGAACAAGAAAAUAAUAAGAGAAAAUUAACGCCUAAUCAGAAACGUGAAAAACUGAGAAUGAAAAAAGCAGAAAAUGCAUCACGCGGGAUAUACUGUAAUGUUUUCAGAGUCGAAUAUUUAUCUCAUGGACAGCAUAGAUUUAAAAUCGACAAAAAUGCUGAACAACAUGGUCUCACAGGAAUAACAAUAUUGCAUCCAAAAUUCAAUUUGGUUGUGGUUGAAGGGGGUUCAAAAGGCAUUAAGCGUUUCAAAGAUCUGAUGCUUCGUCGCAUUAAUUGGACUGAUGCACCAAUUUCAUCCACAAUCCCAUUUGACAAUCAACUAAUAAAACAAGAUGAGCAUGCAUUAGUAGAUUAUUCUAAAAAUAAAUGCGAAUUAAUUUGGGAAGGAGAAUUGCGUAAUAGGAAUUUUAGAACUUGGAAAUUUAGAAGCUGCUCUGAUGACAAAACAGUAAAAGAUGUCUUAGAAAAAGGGAAAGCCUACCAAUAUUGGAAUAUAGCCAAAUGUAUUAAAGAACAAAAUGAUUUUUUGUCUUAAUUUAUUAACAUGUAAUUUCUAUCUAUAUAGUAUUCACCCUCCCAAA